ACAGAUAUUAAUUCCUCACGUGCACAUCGAUUAUCAUAGUGAAUCAUAAAAAAUAAGAAUGUGGAAAUUAGUAGUUAUGUUGAUUUUCGCUGGGCUAACCAUAAUUGCGACCAACGAGAGCACAGAUACAGAGUGUAAUUUAUUGGACGCAUUCACCAUAUGUCAGAGGUCUCACGUGUUAACAUUUGUAAAUCAAACGCAGGAAGGAGAUAAACUCGAAAUAAGAUCCCACAAACUCUCAGCAAUCGCUCCCCAUGCGUUUCAAGAUUUGAGAAUUACGAAUCUCACCCUGAACUUCGAGAGAUUCGACGGUGAACCCGGAAUCAUAGACUUGAAACAAGAAUCCUUCCAGGGAUUGCCCUCAGUGACUCUCCUUGAAAUCCGUAAUACCAUUUUUUCUAUAAAACCAAAUCCCUUCAAACAUCUUAAAUCCCUAAAAUAUUUACUGUUGGUUGACGACGGAAUCGCGGAACUGCCUGUUGAAUUCUUUGUUGACCUAUCCCAACUGAAAGAAUUUCUCAUAAAGGGACAUGAAAUUAAAGCUAUUACAGUGGAUACAUUCUCCAAAAUGAAUCCAAAUAUACAAUCAAUUGCAAUUUACGGUGGUGAACUGCAACGAGUUGAGUCGAAAUCGUUCGAAAGAUUCAAUCAGAUGAAAUAUCUCAUGCUAACUGGGAACAAACUUACUUAUUUACUCUCCGGUACGUUUGAUGGUCUUGAUGAACUGGAAGAGUUGCACCUGGAUUACAAUAGUAUCACUGUUUUACCUCAGGAUAUCUUCAAGGGACUUUUGAAAUUGAGAAUACUUAAUCUGGAAUCGACCGGCAUCAAACCCGAUUCUAGGAUCUUUUCCGGUCUGAACGUGAUUGAUCUCCGUUUGGGAUUCAACGACAUUGAAGAAUUGCCGGCUGGCGUUUUCGGUGCUCUCGGGCAGCUGAAGAGUUUGGACCUGCGUGGCAAUAAGUUGACUACUGUAUCUAAUGAUGUUUUCAAUCAUCUGCCGCAUCUCCAGACACUCAAUUUGGAACGGAACACUAUAAACCGAAUCGAACCGAAUGCGUUUUCUGGAUUAACUCUCAAAAGUCUUAAGUUGAACAGGAAUGCUUUAGAGGUUCUAGAAGCCAAUGUUUUCAGUGAUCUGCAUAUAACGACUUUAGACCUCUCUGGUAAUUCGAUUAAAGAUAUAAAACCCCAGGCAUUUAGGCUUUUAGAAGUACAGACCAUUUUACUUUUUGAUAAUAAAGUUAAUCAACUGCAUAGGUAUAGUUGGGGCUUGUCAGAUACUGUAGAGAUCAUUGAAGAGGAGAAAAGGCAAGUUGUGUUUGAGUGAUAAUUAAGGUUGAUUCACGGCUAGCAGUUGAUAUACGGUGAUGAAAAUUCAGGGAAAAUUUUGUGAUACUCUAUAGGUAAACGCGGACCGAAAUGUCUCUCAUACAAGAAAAAAAAAUCAUGAAAUUUUUGUAGUGAAAUUCUGAGAAAAAUUCUGAUGCUGCUCCACAAUCGAGAUACAAAAUGUCGGAAGUCAUAAAAAAUUCACGUAGCACACGAACAAUUCUACGGUAGCAACUGAAAAAUUCUGGGGAGGAGCACAUGCCCACGCGGAAAGCACAUAUAUGUGCCGUCGAUAAUAUAUAUAUUUUUCGGAAUGUUUGACAAGGAGACCCGCAAACAUAUUUUUUUUAUCAACUUUCUAAUUUGUUUAUGAACAAACGUAUUGUCAAUUGGAAUUUCUUGCAAAAAUAAAAUUGU